UUGCAUGCAACAGUCCACGUUUACAAAGCCCUCGUAUACUUCGUUCACCUCCAAUAUCCACACAUCAAGCACCUGCGAACGAUAGCUUCAUCGUUGUCGUCGAGAUGGCGACGGAUUUCAAAUCUCUUCCUGUUAUUGAUGUUGGUCCUUUGCUGGAUAAGUGUGAUGAUCCAGACAUGGCCGAGGAUGCUGGUGUUGCGGAAGUUGUCCGGCAGCUCCACCGGGCUUGUCGGGACGCCGGAUUCUUCUACGUGAUUGGCCAUGGAAUUCCUGCGGGGCUAAUCAAAGAGGUUAGAGAGAUCUCGCAUGAGUUCUUUCAGCUUCGUUACGAGGAAAAGCUGAAGAUCAAACUGACUCCGGCUGCUGGAUACAGGGGAUAUCAGAGAAUUGGAGAAAAUGUAACCAAGGGAAAACCAGAUAUGCAUGAAGCCAUUGAUUGUUACAGAGAAAUCGAGCCGAAGGCAUAUGGGGAUCUAGGAAAAGUGAUGGAAGGACCAAACCAGUGGCCAGCAAAUCCUCCAAUGUUCAAGGUGCUGAUGGAAGAGUAUAUCGGCCUCUGCACAGAUCUUUCUAGAAAGAUCUUGAGGGGAAUUUCCCUUGCUCUGGGUGGAUCACCAUACGAGUUUGAGGGCAAGAUCGGAGGAGACCCAUUUUGGGUAAUGCGUAUUAUCGGGUAUCCAGGUGGCCGGGGCGCGAAUGGCAGUGGCAACCCAGAACAUGACGUAGGAUGUGGAGCUCACACUGACUAUGGCUUGUUAACUCUGGUCAAUCAAGAUGAUGACAAAACUGCUCUUCAGGUAAGGAACAUUUCUGGGGAAUGGAUAUCAGCUGUCCCGAUCCCGGGGUCGUUUGUCUGCAACAUCGGCGACAUGUUGAAGAUACUGUCAAACGGCAUAUACGAAUCUACCCUUCAUAGAGUUAUCAACAAUUCUCCAGCAUAUCGCGUCUGUGUGGCUUUCUUCUAUGAGACGAAUUUCGACGCGGUGGUGGAGCCUUUAGACAUUUGCAAACAGAAGGGCCGAGCAAACGUAGUUUUCCAAAGAGCUGUAUAUGGAGAGCAUCUUGUUAGCAAAGUCCAAACAAACUUUGCAAUGUAAUGUAAGUAACAUUUCUCUCAGACUUGUGUCUGAGAGAAGACUUUGCGAUGUUAAGAAUCUGUCUUUCUCAUA